CACAAUCACGAGGACCAGUGACUAUUCCUCUCGUUGUCGCAGAUCGUUUCAGCAGAAUCAGUAGAAGGGAAAGAUGUUCUUCAAACAGCUCUUGAUCUUCGCGGCAGUCGUUGGAUACGCGGCUGCGGAAGUUCCUUCUUACUUUCAAAUUUGCGGCGCAAGGAAUCCAAAACUCGAUGACUGCGUCAUCGAGAGCGUGGCUGCCCUAACCGGAAAACUUCGCGAGGGAAUUCCGGAUUUGGAUAUCCCUCCAUCAGAACCAUUGAUUAUCAGUAAGGUGGUACUUGCUGACAUACCCAACUUUCAGGCUAUUGGAACGAACAUUAAGCUUCGUGGAGUCUCCAACUAUCACAUAAAUCAUCUUCACGUGGAUCUUAAGAAGCAGCAAAUAGACAUCGAUGUCAAUUUCCCAGAAAAUCGAAUGGAAGCUAUUUACAAUGUUACUGCAAAGAUCUUGGUGCCUAUUGUGGGGCAAGGACCAAUCUAUUUAUCUGCUAAGGACGUGAACGCAAAGGUUAGAAUGAACUACAAAAUAGUGGAGCACAAAGGCAAACGAUACAUGUACUUCCCGUCGAUGACGACACGUCUGACCGUGAAAGAUUUCGACGUUAAAUUCGAGUUGACCAACUUCGACAAAGCUCUGCAGCAAGCAGUCAGUCAAGCGUUGGGUAACAGUCAUCAGGAAAUAUUGGACGCCACCAAACCUAACAUAGAGAAAGCCAUUUCUCAAAGAUGCUUGGAAAUGGCCAAUAAAAUCUGCAAGCAUUUCACUUACGACGAACUCUUCCCUGAUCGAGAAUAAACACUUGCGAAAAGGAAAGACAAGCUGAACCUGAUGGCUGAUACAUU